UUUUGGAAUCUAUAGUUUAUUUAUUUAACAUGGUAUCAGAGUGCUUUCCUCUCCGCUCUAUAGAUCUUGUUGUGUUUCAAGAAAGCUUGAGAGCUCUUCCUAUUCCUUGCGAAGAGUUCUUGGUUCCUCCGCCGAGUGUCCUUCUGUCUUCCUUUGCAGAUCCUCCUGUGGUCUCGCCUCUCAGAGCGCUCGCCUCUCAAAUUUGCUCCGCUCUGACACUUUCUCAAUCUCCACAAGCUUCGUGAUCUCUUCCCACUGCAAUCCCUCACGUUCGCCAUGUCCACGGCUCCAGAUUUCGUCAAUGUCGUCGCCACCGGCGGUGACGACUUCAAGUUCAACUUCCAACGUUAUGAGAUGUACAAAAGCUCGCUUGCCGGUAUCGUUGGUUCGUCGUACGAUCGCUAUGUUUUCCUCUGCUUCAAGAGCCCUGAUUUUUGGCCUUCUCGUGUUGAGGACUUUGACUCUGAUCUGCUUCCCAAGUUUUUCUCCUCGGCUAUCAAGUCUCGCAAGAACGACAUCAAUGUCAAGAUCCUCUUACAACCUCGACUCUCCAAGUCUUCCGGGGACCUCGUGCUUUUCGGCUACUUCUCCAGCUCCGGUGUCCUUAUUCUUAUUCCUGCUACAUGAGGAUUUACCUGUGUUUGCUCCAAGUGUUCAAAAGAAUAACACAAAGGAGCUAAUGAUUCACAUUGCUAUGACUUACAAAACCAGAUUUGAUCGAACUGGGAGGAUGUUGUUUUUGUGUUUGUUCUUUUUGGUGACUGCGUCGCUUCCCCUCCUUGGAUUUUCUACUUUUUUGAUUCUUGCUUCCGCAUACAUUUUUUUCUUUUCUUUCUUCCAUAUUUUGCUUUGGAAUUAUUUAGAAUUUUUUGCUCUAAAAUUCUGCUCUAGAAUUUUCUUAAAUUCUGCUUUGGAAUUUUCUACUCUACGAUUCUGCAUAUUUUGCU